AUGGCUUCCUUUCCCGUGCAACGUGCCCUGAAAUCGUGGUGGAGAACCCAGCUGCAUCGACUUGACGACUAUAGAUCUUCCGAACAGGUGCCAGAGGAAUCAGAUGUGGUGAUCAUCGGAGCUGGAAUAUCAGGCGUAUCGGUUGCAUAUCAUCUCCUCAACCAGAAUAAGGGACAUAAUGGACCACAGAUCACGAUACUAGAGGCACGCGAAGCCUGCUCUGGAGCAACGGGUCGAAAUGGUGGGCACUUAAAGCCAGACCCUUACAACUUCAUUGGUGAAAUUGCCGCAGAAUACGGCCCGGAGGCAGCCGAAGAGGUCGCCAAGUUUGAGCGUGCCCAUAUUGACGCUAUUCGGGAGCUUGUGCAGACUGAAAAUAUUGACUGUGACUUUGUAUUGACAAAGGCCGUCGAUGUUCAGUUGAAUCCAAGAGAGUGUAGGAAUAUCAAGGCCAGCUUUGAUCAGUUGCCAGGCCUUGGUGUCGAAUCCGCUAGACGAGUGGACUUCUAUGGACAAACGGAUGCGGAAGAGCGAUCUCGUGUCAAGGGUGCCCAUGGUUGUCUCAGCUACGAAGCGGGCCAUAUAUGGCCCUACAAACUUGUUCUACAUAUUCUUGACCGUUGCGUUGAGCGAGGAGCAAAACUUUACACGCAUACUCCUGCGCAGUCCAUCUCAUCGGAGAGAGACGCUUCCGGAAAAUGGACGGUGAAUACACCAAGGGGAUCAAUCAAGACGCAACAUGUGGUCUUCGCCAGUAAUGCAUACACGCCGGCUAUUCUUCCCAUGUACUCGGGCAAGAUUGUCCCAGUGCGUGGGGUCUGUUGCAGAAUAGUACCAACUCGUCCGGUGGAGAAACUCACAGAAACAUACACUUUGAGAUGGUCUGGACGUGAGUUUGACUAUCUCAUUCCUCGUGAAGAUGGGAGCAUUGUCGUCGGCGGUGCCUGGAGUAAAUACUAUCAGGACGCAAGCAAUUGGUACAACGUCGCCAAUGAUGGCGAGAUGAUAGAACCCGCCAAGGAGUAUUUUCGUAAUUAUAUGCAACGGCAUUUCCACGGUUGGGAGCAAAGCGGUGCAUAUAUCGACCAUAUUUGGACCGGAAUCAUGGGAUAUUCGACAGACUCGCUGCCUCAUAUUGGGCAGAUACCAGGAAAACCUGGCCAACUUAUCAUUGCUGGCUUUACCGGUCACGGAAUGCCUCAAGCAUGGCUUUCCGGUAAGGGUGUGGCAGCGAUGGUAGCGGAGGGGAUUCCGUUCGCUCAAUCGGGGAUUCCAAAGUUGUUUGAGACCACUCAGAUUCGCCUUGAAAACAACAGAAAUGACAUCCUUGAAAGUAUGGAAGAUCCUAACCAGCCGCGUUCACGACUAUGA